AUGGGAGAUCAUACAACCGCUGCUGCCCGCCCCCAAACCUCGGCGGUUCCGCAAUCCGGGACGCCAGCCGCUGGACGACCGCAAGGCGCUGACUGGCAUUCUGUUCGUACUGAAGAGCGGCAUCCCCUGGGAGAUGCUGCCCCAAGAGAUGGGUUGUGGUUCCGGGAUGACCUGCUGGCGCCGGCUGCGGGAUUGGCAGCAAGCCGGAGUGUGGCAGAAGCUCCACGAAACGCUGUUGUCCCGAUUGCACGGUGCGGACCGCCUGGACUGAUCCCGGGCUUGCGUGGACAGCGCGUCGGUGCGGGCCGUGGGUGGCGGGGAAAAAGACCGGCCCCAUCCUACGGACCGGGGCAAGCCCGGGAGCAAGCAUCACGUGCUCACCGAGGCCAACGGAACACCUCUGUCGGCCAUCCUGACCGGGGCCAAUCGCCACGACGUAACCCAGUUGUUGCCCCUGGUGGAGGCCGUGCCGCCGGUGCGCGGUCAACGGGGCCGUCCCCGUCGCCGGCCCCAGCGGCUGUACGCCGACCGGGCCUAUGA